CAGUCGCCCGUUGCCAUCUGUAUCCAGGGACUGGCAAGCAUUCACUGACAAUUAGCGCCGCGCCGCUCUCUUUCACAUAAAAAUAGGCCCCCUCCAGUUUUAUUGGAAACGGUCUUGCUUCUCCUUACACCUCGCAUUCUGCUCAAGCCCUGGGUUGGACGACUUUUGUUCCUAGUCCUACACACGAGGGCGCCUCCUGAAACAAACGCCGAAAGGCGCUCACCAAUCGACAAGCAAGCGGUUUGCCACGCGCGCCAGCACAAAGCGAUAAAUACUUGCCCACGCCAGUUCCAGAUCUGCCCUAUCGGCGGUUCUUCCUCCAAUUUCAAUAGCUCUACGCCAUAUCCACGAUGACUUCCUAUCUGGCAAAGAUAAUAAGCAAGAGGAUUCUGGGGGAGUCGCUCCAGAACAAGUUCGGUACCGAGGACCCGUACUUCGAGCAAGUCCCUGCCACGAGGCUCGAUGGGCGACCAACUGGCAAACUCAAGAAGCGCAAGAAGGCCCUGCCGCCUGGCAUCUCAGAGCACGACGGAAAAGUCUUGACCAAGGUCAAGAGGCGAGCGCAUCGCCUUGACCUAGCCCUCUGCAGCUUCCUGGGGGUGCGAUUUGGCUGGAGUAGCGUAAUUGCACUGGUCCCUGCAAUCGGCGAUGCGCUGGACGCAUUCAUGGCCCUCAUGGUUCUCAAGACCUGCUGCAAGGUCGAGGGAGGACUUCCCCACUGGAUCAAGCUCCAAAUGAUGUUCAAUAUUGUCUUCGACUUUGCGGUCGGCCUCGUACCGUUCAUCGGCGACGUUGCAGACGCCGCGUUCAAAGCCAACACCCGCAACGCCCUGCUGCUCGAAGGCCAUCUCCGUGAGAAGGGCAAGAAGGAACUGCGGAAGAGCGGCCAGCCUCUUCCUGCCGUCGACCCCAGCAGCCCCGAAGAAUUCGACAAAGAGCGGCGGGACAGCCCGCCGCCGGCCUAUCAGCCACACGCCCCACCGCAACAUGGUGCUGCCAGGCCAAGCGAGCACGAGGCCAUGCCUAGUGCUCCAGAGGAGGCCCAUGUGCACGGCGGACGUGGUUGGUUUGGCCGCAGCAAAGCGAGACCGCAGGACAUCGAGACGGGUAGAGGCGACCACGACGCGCAUAGCGCGCGGCAGGGCCGCCGAUAGGGCUCGAAGACGCGCAGGUAGCGGAAGAGGGGUACUCCCUAUAAAGUAGGGGAGCCCUGCUGAUGGGCUGGGACGGACGGUGGGAUCCGCGUUGGGGCGAGCCACGAUCGCCACCAAAUGCCAGCGAUUAUUGAAGCGUGGAAUGUGCGACACCGUACUAGGGUCUAGACGCGUUAAUGGAUGGACAAGGGCAGCGCGUUUGCAUAAGAUCUGAUAAGAUGGCUUGGAUUUCUCGUGGCAUGAAUACCCCCUGGUGCACUAUAGCUAGGUACCUUACAAAGUAGUAGUACUAGUACGUAGUACGGAGUACUAACGUAGCAAUUAAAGAG